GAGCUGCUGCGGGGGCGCGCCGCGGGCGGCGGUCCGCCGCCCGCGGGCGGCGAGGCUGGAGGGCCGGAGCCGCGCGGGCCGUCGGGCGGCGAGGGGGGCGCGGUGGCCGAGCAGCCGCAGCUGGGGGAGCCGGGCCCGAGCCCGCGAUGGGAGAGGGCAUGGACUGGCACGCCGAGGCCGGACCACCGGCAGAGGUUGAGAGGAGACCACCGAAGAGCGGCCGCAGGCGCGGCAAGAGGAGUGACGCAGCUGUUGAGAAUCGAAGACGACAGUUGCAGUUCAAACGCGGCCUGAAGGACACGGGCAACAAGUUGCACGACCUCGCGUACAUCGAGGACCAUCCCUCGGAGAACUCGUCAGGAGCAAUCGAGGAGGCGAAGAAGGAGGUCUUAGAUCAGAUCAUAGACCUCGAGCGUACGAGGCAGGAGAUCUCAGAACGCAAGGAGGAGCUCGCCAGGAAGCACGCAAUUAAACAUGGACGAGCAAGUUCGGCAGCAGUUCGACUUACUGAGGCAGGAACCGUCGACGAGAUGAGGAGGCUCGAGAACGAGAAUCAGCGGCUUCAGCAACAAGUAGCCGGAGGCCUCGCGGCGAUUCCGCAGGCGAUCGAGCGCAUGGGCGAGCAGAUCCGAGGAGCUACGCACGCGGGAGGAGCCGCACCAGGUCUCGUCGACACGAAGGGGAUCGGCAAGCCCACGACGCUAGGCGACGAUCAGGAGAAGUUCGGAGCUUGGAACCGCAAGAUGGAGAACUACGUGAUAGGCGUGUACGGAGAGAGCUUCCGUCCUGUUCUCCGGUGGGCGGCAGAAGCCGAACGCCCCGUGACGAUCGAAGGGGCACAGGAGGCGCACGGAGGAGUACCAGAGCUGGUGACCAAGAUCAACCAGCUGUACGCGGCGCUGAUCAGCACGACGGCGGACGGCAGCGAGAGCAACGACCUCGUGACGGGCGCGCCAGACGGGAACGGUCUCGAGGCCUGGCGGAAACUUCACCGCAGGUGGGACCCGACGACAGGUCCGAGGAAGAGGCUGAUCCUGAGAUCGAUCAUCUCGCCUCCGAAGUGCAACGCGGAAGAGCUGGGGUCCGCCUUAGAGAAAUGGAUCCAGCAGAUAGGCAAGUACGAACGCCGCCAAGGAGAGGACGGACUGGCCGAGCUGCCGGAGGAUAUCAAGAUGGCGGCCCUCGAGAUGCUCGUGCCUCAGGACAUCGAGAACCACCUCGUACUCAACAAGCAUCGGCUCGUAACGUUCCAGGACAGUCUGAACGAGGUGAUGACGAUCGUGGAGGCUCGGACAGGCGUGAAGAUCAAGGAGCCAUCGAUCCGCGCACGGGCGCACCAUCCGGACGACAUGGACCAAAUCGACGAGCGGAUCAUACUCAGGCUCCCGCACAUCCCCGACGGGUUCGGGCCGUGGUUCCGGGCACACGGCACCCCGAAGCACCGGCGUGCGCUUCGACGGCUACUGUCGGAACUGCGAGAGAUGGGGCCACAAGGCAUCCGAAUGCUGGAGGAAAGAGCAGGGAUCGACGCUGGUGGUAAAGGUGGUGGCCGCGGCGGCAAGGCCGGCGGCAAGGCUGCAGGCAGCCUGGAGGAGGAGCCUGAAGCGGAGGUCGCCGCUCUGGAUAUGGGCAGCUUGGAUUGCCUGGAGCUCGCCGGCGGCAGCGGCCGCGGCGUAGCAGCGGUCGACCUCUCUCCCUUCGCGCAGGACGACUGGAUGAAGUUCAACUGGGACAGCGGUGCAGCGGUCUCAGCAUUCCCUCGGAGCUUCGCGCCGCCGACGGGAUUGAAGGGCAACGGCAGCACGUAUCGUACGGCCAGUGGUGAGCUUGUCCCGGACGAGGGCAGCUUGCAGCUCAAGGCUGAGGAUGAGUACGGAGUGCUACGAGCGCUCAAGGGACGCGUGACGAACGUGCACAAGCCGUUGAUCUCGGUGGGGCAGGCAGCAGGAGCUGGACAGUGUUCAUUCCUAGGCCGCAAUGGCGGCUGGAUAUUCCACGAGAAGAGCCCAAUCGGCAAGCGUGUAGUAGGCAUGCUGGAGAAGGAGGCGAAGACGGCGAAGCACCAGAUGCUGCCGGUCUAUCGUGAGCAGGGCGUUUACAACUUCUACCUCAAGAAGGGCCAACAUGGCUCGGUUGCUCCUCUCGAGGAGGGAUUUUCGGCGAAGUCGAAGUCCGAGCUGGUGGAGCUACUCAGCGGCAAGUCGAAGGAGGAGCUGCUGGAGAUCCUCGAGAGGACAGUCCCCAGGAGGCAGCCCUCGGCGUAA